GCAAUGUAUUUAAUGUUGUCUUUGAUACUUAUUUAUUUUUAUCGAAAUAUAUUUAUUCGAUCGAACUACGAACGUUCCAGAGGUCUUACCGUAAUCCAAUAAUUUAUCAAAGCGAGUGCCAUAAAUGAAAUAUUAUAUAUUUUUCGUGCUGCUUUUAGUUGGUGGUUAUAAACUUGGAAAACUCAUUAUUGAAGGCAAAACAAAACAAGUUUUCGACUUGCCAGAUAUCGCUGGCCAUUGUCUUUUGCUAAAUAAAGACAGGAUUACAGCGGGAGAUGGUGUCAAAGCUCAUGAUAUGGAAGGAAAAGCAGCAAUUUCGAACCAGACUAAUGCUAAAGUAUUUGAAAUUUUAAAAUCAGCAGGUAUUAAAACUGCUUUUGUCGAAAUGGUGUCACCUACUGCAUUCGUAUCGAAAAAAUGCGAUAUGGUUCCAAUUGAAUGGGUAACACGUCGAUUGGCUACUGGAUCAUUUUUAAAAAGAAAUCCUGAAGUUCCGGAAGGCUAUCGAUUCACUCCUCCAAAACAAGAAACUUUUUUCAAAGACGACGCUAACCAUGAUCCUCAGUGGUCUGAAGAACAGAUUAUUUCUGCAAAAUUUAACGUAAACGGACUUUUAAUUGGUCAAGAUGAGGUAGAUUACAUGCGCAAGUGUACUAUUCUGGUUUUUGAGAUUCUUGAGAAAGCUUGGGCACUACGAGACUGCGCUUUAAUUGAUAUGAAGAUUGAAUUUGGAGUUGAUACUGAAGGUAAUAUUUUACUUGCUGAUGUCAUUGACUCUGAUUCAUGGCGGUUAUGGCCUUCUGGCGAUAAGAGACUCAUGGUUGACAAACAGGUCUACAGAAAUCUCACUAACGUUACUGCCGCUGACUUAGAUACUGUAAAACGCAACUUUGGGUGGGUGAAGGAUCAGCUUGAUUACUUGAAACCAACUAUCCAUCACAAGGUGGUUGUAUUUAUGGGCUCGCCUGCAGACCAAGAACAUUGCCAAAAAAUUGCAAAGGCCGCACGUGAUAUUGGUUUAAAUGUCGACCUACGAGUUACUUCUGCACAUAAAGCUACUGAAGAGACGCUACAUAUUAUGCGGCAAUACGAAGACACCCAUGGCGCUUUAGUAUUUAUUGCUGUAGCUGGCAGAUCCAAUGGCCUAGGGCCUGUACUUUCUGGAAAUACUUCCUAUCCGGUCAUAAAUUGUCCACCACCUUCCGAUAAACUUGUUCAGGUACUAAAGUACUUUAAACUGCUUUUAUUUAUGUAGAAUAUUAUAAACAGUGAUAGUAAGAGAAUUAUGUGUCAAAAUAAUAUGAGUAUGUUUGACUACACAUCCCCGUUUGAAUUGCAACUUAGAAAAUAAUACAUAGAUGCUCUUACUUUGAAAUAUCUAUUUCAGGAUAUCUGGUCGUCACUUUCUGUUCCAUCUGGACUGGGUUGUGCCACUGUUAUUUAUCCAGAUAGUGCCGCACUUAUGGCUGCGCAAAUUAUAGGACUUCAAGAUUAUCUGGUUUGGGCUCGUAUUAGAGUAAAACAGCUGGAAAUGGCGACAUCUUUGAGGCAAGCUGACAAAAAACUAAGAAAUCUCAAAGUCUAAGUAUUCAGGUUCAUUCCACAUUAUCUCAUAUUGAUAACAAUAUAUUUGUCUCAUUGUUUGUACAGUAUUUUUAUUUAGGCGCGUAAAUGAACUUUACAUAAAAUAUUUGUAUAUACCAUGAUAAGUAGUGUUUAAAAAAUUUUUUUUUACAAUUGUCAUUCUAUUAUAUUCUUUAUCAUUAUCCAUGGAUUCAAUCUCAAAAUGUAACAUUCCUACAAAUAAACUUUUAUAUGUUU